AUGAAACCCCCCUGUGGAGUUUGCCUCCUUCUACUGCUCGCGCAUUUUUUAAAAUGUACUAAUGGGUAUAAAAAGAGUAUGGGCGGUGCCCUGUAUAACUUCCUCCAGGGAAGUAGAAAUAACGAACCAAACGAAUCGUUCAUGAGAAGAAGAAGGAACCAUGAGGUAAGAAAAAAAAGUGUGCAAAAAUUAAAAGACGUGAAUGAUAUGCAUGUGGGACAGCUAAAAGUGGGCAGAGUAACAAACGUUGUCGAAAAUGAUAUAUUUGUGAAAUUAAAAAAUGACGAUAAUGAGCAGAUUAUAAUUAAGAGGGAGAAUAACUACCUUUUGGAAAAUGAACUGCUGUACGAGUAUUUACACAGGAAGAAUUUUAUUGACCAUGCAAUGUAUGCUAAACUGAUGAGGAAGGGGAAUCACAAAUGCGAAGACCAAUCCCCCUGUGUGCAAAAUGAUAAUGUUAAAGACUGUCUUGUUCUCGUAAAAGAAAUUGACGAGAAAAAUAGAAUAAUCGGAGAAUUAUUCACAAACGAAAUAAACAAAAGAAAAGAAAAAAUUUACGACAAAUUAAACGAACUGAAAAAUUCAGAAAAAAAAAUUUUCAUCCAAAUUGUAAAAAAUGUAAGAAAUAAAUAUUUUGUAGUUUUAAUAAAUGGAUGCAUAAAGGGGUACCUGCUCUACGACGAAAAUGAUGAAAAGGAAAAACACAAUUUGCACCUCCUACAAGCGGGAAAAAACGCAACUCACAAAAUAAGCGCAUACAUAAUUGAAGUGAAUAAAAAACUCGAGUAUGUUUUCUUAAGUUUACACAAAAUCCCCAAUAAUGAGCUACAUGAAAAAUUACGAAAUUUACAACACACAAUUCUCGUGGAAAAUUUAUUCGAAAAUGUGUACUUCAAAGCUGAGGUGUCUGAUUUUUGUAACGAUGGAAAUAAUAUCAUUGUGAAUAUAUUUGAAAAUAAAAGUAACCCUAUUAAGGUGAAAAUAAAAUCUCAUAAUAUUAUUAACACGAGAAAUAUUUUGCGCAAUUUUGAUUACCUCAAAAAUAAAGUCAUAACACAUGAGUUUUCCCUGCACAAUUCGGUUGCCCUGGAGGAGAUGAACGAAGACCGUGUUCCCAGUCACAAAAUGGGAUACCGAAAGGGGGAAGAAAGUGGCGAUGGAGUCCACACAAGCGAAAGUAACUCCUUCGAAGCGCGCCACACAAGGGAUAUCACUCCACAGGAGAAAAAAGCAAAAGGGUCAAUACGCACCAAGGAUUACACAGAUAAAUAUAAAAAAUUCAAGCAAAAUUUUUAUGGGUGUAACGAGGAAGAUGCUCUCAAGUACAUCAACGUGGAUGAUUACAUCUUUAAGAAGGAAAAACUGCUGUACGUUCGAAUCGUUAACAAAACAGCGGACCCCAAUUUGUACGAAGGUAGCAUGAUUAACGCGGACCCGAUUAACUCCCAGAUAUAUGAACUUAUAAAAAAAAUGUCUACUGACCAAAACGUCAUUCGGGAUUACGACCCCAUGUUGAGGUACCCCUCCAAGGUUCUCGCUUUCUUUAACAAUUAUGUCAUUCUGUCCACUAGGGUUUUAAGCGCCGAUGCUGUGGCAGUACAGGAAAGCGCUUCUGAGAAGGGGGGAGAUACCCCUGCCUGUGGCACCACAGGGUGUAACAAAAUCGACAAGGAACACGUAAGAGAUGUCAUCACGCUGAUUGAGAAGCGCUAUAUCGAUUAUGAAAAUCUUAAAGAAGGAGACGUCUUCUUUUGCAGAUUUGAUAACAUCAAAACGAGAAAUGCGCGCAACAUUUUUAACCUCUCCAAUAGCACCAUCAACAGAAUUUUUAAUUCGUACUUUAAGCGGGAGAAGGACAUAAUGGGGUUAGUCAGCCGGAGGGAUGAUCCCCACCAAGUGCUCAACAUAGGAGAGCGGACGAAGUGGCCGGAGCGGACGAAGUGGUCGGAGCGGACGAAGUGGUCGGAGCGGAUGAAGUGGCCGGAGCAGCAGAAAUCCCCGGAGCAGCAAAUCUUCGAAGAAAUUUUUUUCUCUAAGAGGGACUUCUACUUCAUGAGGGGAGAACUACACAAGGACACGGAAUACCGCCUCAACAAAAACAACAUAGACAAAAAUUUCAAACUGUUGAAGCAUAUUUGUGACACGUACUACUCGGGGAUUAACAAGUCAUACCAUCACUACCCGAGUAUACGAGAGGAAUAUAUUUUGGCCUACCUGGGAAAGGACAAUUACAAAAUGUACAGAAAAAUCGUGGCCGAUUAUUUCUCCUCAAAUGAGCAUUCUUACAAGGAACUUUUGCAAACAGAUUGUGAAUCCAUCGUUAUGACUGUCUUCGAUGUGGCAUUUGAAAAUCCGAACGCAUUAACAGUUCAGAUGGUACAAAACUAUAACAAAGAGCUUUAUCGAAAAAUUUCCAUGCUAGAUCUUAACGAACUAAAUUACUUGCUGAAGGACCUAGUUAAAUUAAAAAAAAGUUUGUAUAUCUACCCGUGUAGCUACAAGACCAAAAUUGGACGAAUGAACCUGACGUUGAAUAAUAUGAAGCCCAUAAAAAAGGAGCAUAUCGAAAAUUUUCACAUUCCUGAUGACGUAAAGAAUGAGCUGCUAAACGCCUAUAAAAAUUUCGUCUUUCCUGUUGAGUACAUAAAAGAGACCAUUAUAAAGAAGAAACAGGCCAAGUGUCGAGAAAACAGUAAAAUGCAAUCGAUUUUUAUUUUGGCCGAGGAAACGAUAAACCUUUAUGAGAAUUCUGCCAAGGACGUGGAGCCGCUGAGUGACGAGCAAAUUGGCGUCCUCAGGGGCCACCUUUUGAAGAAACGCAGGCCCGUCGCGGGCGACAUGGCUGAAGAGCAGGACUCCUUCCGCGGGGACCUCUUCGAGCCGGAAAACAGCCAAAUCAGGCGCCUGCUGCACAUGAUCAAGGAAGACCUGGAGAAGCAGAAAAAGAAAAACAAGCUAGACGAAGUGGACCGUGAAUAUGAAGAAGAACAGAACAGUUACACCGAUGCCACGGACCUCUACAAGACGUACCCAGAGCUACAAGAAAUGGAUAGACUCACCGAGGAUGCCUUUCAUAUGAAAAUUCCCUUUGUGGAAUGA